AUGUCUGAUGCUAGGCAAACAAAACAAUCCGAGACCAACCUUCCUUCUUUCCCUGCACCGAUUGACUACAAUCGAUUCAAAAAUGACCGGCGUGUCUCGCGUCCACCCGGGGUGCCGACACUUUGGAGUAGGCCGAGUGAUCAGACGAACCGGAUCCCACCGUUGCACUCCCCUCCCCCAACUCAGUCUGCCGGGAGCAAGAUGCCAGAUGUCUCUCCGCCUAAGCCUAGCUCGUCUCAAGAUAAACAGUCCGAGGAUACCGCGAAAAACCUCGACCCGAAGUCGCCGCCUGACUAUGUAGUCAAUGCUCAAGCUCUUGUUAAGCCGCCUGCGCCUGCAAUGAAGAAUUUGAGUCGACCUCCGGACCAAGUGGAACGCAGAAUUGCUGUAAAUCCGAUUAUAAAACGGGAGAAGGCUGCCAAAGAGAUUCCUCCGACAUCGAAGUCAAAAAACAAAACACCCGAGGAUAUCAGAAAAUCUUACCCCCUCAGAAACACUGCAUCUCACAAGACGCCGACGCAGCAGACUCUCCACGAGAUCAUGACAAUGUCGAUCGAGGAACUUGAAUUGCGCCAUAGACAUGCUUUGAAGAAGCUCCAGCAGCGCUCGGUAGAAAAUCAAAGCGCAGGUACGACUGACAAGGAUCGUUUACGGAAAAAAUAUGAGCAAGAGAUCGAUCUACUUAGAAUCAAAAUGAAGCUUGACGAAACCGACGGUCGCUCCGGCGCAAGAGGCUCGCAUGAUAAAAGAAUAAACUCGAGCUCCCUGAGUCCCAGUGAUUUCAAACCAGCACACGGGGUACCUCAACAAGGAUCAUCAAAAAAAGUAGACAGUGGCCGCCAGGAAAUCCCAUCCCCCUUCUCAAAUCAAUCGAGGCAAAAGACUUGGUUGGAAUAUUGA